AUGCAAGAAGUUUCCGGUCAUCAUAAUCAUCAUGCCCACCUGAAAAUCUCCUGGAUUAGGCACCAAAUCACCCAAUACUCUCCCCCAAUCGAGCCCGUUUUUCAAAAAAUACCCGAUCCACCCCCACCCGGAUCCGGAUCCAAAAUCAGCCCGGCCCUUCUCUUCAUCAUAGUCAUACUAGCCGUCCUUUUCUUCAUAUCCGGCAUUCUCCACUUGCUCGUUCGGUUCCUAACCAAGAACCCUUCUUCAUCCCGACACAAUCUCAACCCGGAAGCUUCUUCUAACCCGGACAACACCCUUCAGAGGCAGCUUCAGCAGCUCUUUCAUCUCCAAGACUCUGGCUUGGAUCAAGCUUUCAUCGAUGCCCUGCCCGUUUUCUCUUACAAAGAAAUCUUAGGCCCAAAAGAGCCCUUCGACUGUGCUGUCUGUUUGUGCGAAUUUGCCGAGACCGAUCAGCUGAGGCUUCUCCCCAUUUGCAGCCACGCUUUUCACAUCAACUGUAUAGACACAUGGCUUCUCUCGAAUUCGACCUGCCCGCUUUGUAGAGGGGCUGUUUUCAAUCCGGGUUUUUCGAUAGAGAACCCGAUUUUCGAUUACGAUGAUUUUAGAGAAGAGGAUGUCGAUGAAACUCGGUUUGCGAUUUCGAUUUCUCGGAAGAGAGUUGAAAUCGAGGAUAAUGUUGUUGUGGAAAAGGGCGUUUUUCCAGUUCGGCUCGGAAAGUUCCGGAAAGUGAACGAAAAUGAAGGUGGUGGGGUUGACAUUGGAGAAACUAGCAAUAGUAAAUUGGAUGAGCGGAGGUGUUACUCGAUGGGUUCGUAUCAGUAUGUGGUGGGUGAAGCUAAUCUUCGAGUGGCCUUGAGCCAAGAUCAGGGUAAACGAGAGGUUGUAAAGGAAAAAGGGCAAUCUUGUAAUAAUACGAGCACGGAGGGGAAAAGGAUAGGUAUUGGCUCCAAGACAGAUAGCUAUUCGGUUUCGAAGAUUUGGUUAUGGUCGAAGAAGGGGAAAUUUGCCAGCUCUUCUGGCUCAUCUCCACCGAAUUUGGACUUGCCAUGGAUGCAUAGAACAGAAGGCAUUUGA